AUGAAAAAGGCAAUUAGUUUGGCUUACAGAUGUCCGUCGCCUGUCAUAUCUUUGCAGUAUUUAGUAGAGGAAAUCACUCACCACUGUGAGGAAUUUAAAGACACGUAUGAAAUCGAUGAUCUCCAUCACGUGAUCUUGGAGGAUGAUGGUCACGGUGGUUAUGAUCCGUAUGAAGAGGAUGCAGAUGAGGGUGAAGAAGAAAUCAAUGAUGAUCAUGAUCAUGAUGAUUUGGACGACGAAUUGGUGCCGAAAUGCUUGAACAACAAAUUCGAGCGGCAGAAGAUGAAGAAAUUGGGGAAAAGGGCGUAUCCAAAGAUGAAAAUAUCCAAACGGGUCGCUAAUCAGUUCAACAAGCCUGGAUGUGUUCGUGGAAAGCAUGGAUUGGGUCCAUCUUUUGAGCUUCUUGCUUCCGGUUCACAAAAGAUGAUAAAUGAUGACGGGUUUCAACGAGCACUUUAUAUGAUUGACAUUGGCCAAAAUGACAUUGCUGAUGCAUUCGCCAAGAAGUAUUCUUAUGCCCAAGUUGUAAAAAGAAUACUGUUAGUUCUUGCAGAAAUUAAGAAUUCCAUCAAGAGUAUACAUGAUAACGGUGGCAGGAAAUUUUGGGUUCACAAUACUGGUCCAUUGGAUUGUCUACCUCAGAAACUAGGGUUAGUUAAACCAAGUUCAAGAGAACUAGAUCCCCACGGUUGUAUUUCAACCUACAACUCUGCUGUAAAUUUGUUUAAUGUGGGACUACGCCAUUUAUGUGCACAAUUGAGAUCUGAAAUGAAGGACGCAACUCCAUCAACAAUGUCAUUUCAUGGGCAAUAA